GAUUAUUCUCAAAACAUAGAAUAAUAUCCACUUGUUUCCGGAAUCUACCCGGUUCGCGGAAUUUUGCUCCAUCUAUUUCCUAUGAGAUUAUCGAUGCCGAUGGUACAUUGGUACCUUUCUUGAGCUGCUCAUUUCUUGUAUUCGUAUCUUGUAGUCUCCUUCUCCAUUCCCUCACCGUUGGGCUCACUUACGUUUUCAUUGUUGUUGGUUGAUUAGUGAAUAUUCUGAAGAGAUUUUAACUUUCUUGACUGAAGAAUUCAAUUGAACAAUUUUGAGUGUCUGAAAUAUUAUCACUGAAAAAAUAUGGACGAAGAUUGGGAUGAUGAUGUUCCUACUACGAACAACUAUAAUUACGGAGUGAUUUCUGAGGGAGGUACAAAGUUCGCUGGAGGAAGAGGUUUCAAACCGGUUAAAAACGGUUUUAACGAUUCAUGGGGCAACAAUGAUUCAAAUAAUGUUGAAGAUAGUGGUUGGGGUAAUGAAGACACAUCUAAUAAUUACCACAAUAAUGAUUUCAAAGAGAAAAGAGGUAGAGGUGGUCGUGGAGGAAGAGGAGGCCGUGGAAAUAGAGGAGGAAAUUCCAAUGGUCGUUAUCAAGAAAAUGGCAAUGACGAAGAAAAUGAAGGAGGAUAUCGUGGCCGUGGCGGAGGUCGAGGUGGACGAGGAGGAGGUAGAUCUCGCAAUAAUGAUGAAUAUUCACCAACAAAAGAUAAAGAUGGUGCCGAUGGUGGAGAAGCCCCUAAGAAAGAACAUUAUAUCCCUGUUGAUAGAACAGAAGACGAGCUAUUUACAACAGGCAUAUCGACUGGAAUAAAUUUUAUGAAGCUUCAAGAUAUCGAGGUCAAUGUUAGUGGUGAAAAUGUACCACCUCCUAUAAAAUCAUUUCAGACUUCAGGUUUAAGACCCCACUUGUUAAAUAACAUAGAGAAGUCUGGUUAUCAAGAACCUACCCCUAUUCAAAAAUACUCGAUUCCAAUCAUUUUAAAUGGCAGAGAUCUUAUGGGAUGUGCCCAGACAGGAUCUGGAAAAACGGCGGCUUUUCUUGUGCCUAUCAUCAAUUCUCUGAUGGCUGCACAGGAGCCACCUGUAGUGGAAGAAAACCGAGCCAAGCCUAAUGUAGUUAUAGUGUCUCCUACUAGGGAAUUAGCCAUUCAGAUUUAUGAGCAAGCAGUAAAGUUCAGCCUCAAUUCCAUUGUAAAAGUGGUGAAAGCUUAUGGUGGAACCUCAACAAACCAUCAGCGAACCAUGGUACUCAGGGGAUGUCAUAUAUUGGUUGCUACACCUGGCAGAUUGAACGAUUUUGUAGAAAGAGGAGUUAUUGCUUUCGAUAAUGUUAAAUUCUUCGUUUUGGAUGAGGCUGAUAGGAUGUUGGACAUGGGUUUCUUGCCAACUGUAGAAAAGGCGUUAGGAAAUCCAUCAAUGCCGGCGACAGGAGAUCGACAAACUCUUAUGUUUUCCGCGACAUUUCCUGAAGAAAUCCAACAUUUAGCUGGACAAUUUUUGACUAAUUAUGUCUUCAUCGCAGUAGGCAUAGUCGGUAGUGCCUCCACUGAUGUGGAGCAAAGCUUCAUUCAAGUUACAAAGUUUGAAAAGCGGAAUAAGCUUUUAGAAAUACUCAAUGAAGAUACUACUGCCAGAACAUUGGUUUUUGUUGAGACCAAAAGAAAUGCUGACUUUCUAGCAGCCUUUUUAAGUGAAAACGAUAUCAAGACUACUAGUAUUCAUGGUGAUAGAUUACAAAAGGAGAGAGAAAUUGCAUUAGGAGACUUCAAGGCUGGAACUUGUCAGGUUUUAGUUGCAACUGGAGUAGCAGCUAGAGGUUUAGAUAUACAGGGUGUUCAGCACGUUAUUAAUUUCGAUUUACCUAACAGUGUUGAUGAAUAUGUCCAUAGAAUUGGCAGAACAGGAAGAUUGGGUAAUAGUGGGAAAGCAACAAGCUUUUUCGAUCCCAGUCAUGAUGCAACUCAAGCUGGACAAUUUACGAGGAUAAUGAAGCAAGCUGGUCAAAAGGUUCCUGAAUGGCUACUUUCAGGCAAUUACGAAGGUGGCGGCGGACAGUCGUUUGGUGGAAGAGAUAUACGUGAAGAUGAUUUUGGAGCUGCUCAGAAUCUAAAUGUUGGUCAGGAUGAGCCUGAAGAAGAUUGGUGAACGAAAUAAUGACAUUUUCUUCGUUAACCCACUUUUGUAUUAUCAUUAUUAUUUUUCUUUUAAAUGAUCUUAUGUUAAACUUUAGAAUAUUUUUAUUUUUUUUAAAUUGUUUCUUCCAGUUGCUAGUUAGUAGUGUCUAUGUUUUAUGACUCAAAGUAAACGGUCAGCAAGUGAGAAAUGAAAAAAAGCCGAAACUGUGAUGGAGUCCAGAUAUAAAUGUUAAGUUGUUGGAUAUACCUUAUUUUUUUAAUAUAAAUAAUUACAAAA